AGGCCGACAUGGCCUCUCUCAGGUCUCUCUCUGAUAAGAGUGUUACUGGUUAAGUUUUUCGAUUACGAAUUACUGACUCAUUGUAGAACCAGGAUUUAUCAGAAUAAAAGAAAGGAUCAUAUGUGAUGUAGAUUUUGAAGUAAAAUUAUCUCUCUUUCACUCUCUGCAAUGAAUAAAUUAAUCAACGUGUCGUCGAACGUUGACUUGGAUGAUCCAAGAUUUCGUAUCAAACCUUAUCAACAAAUUGUAGCUUCUUGUACUGGUGCAUUUAUUACAUCGGUGUUUGUGACUCCAUUGGAUGUGGUAAAAAUACGUCUUCAAACACAACAGAAAGCAAUGCUUUCAAAUAAAUGUUUUCUAUAUUGCAAAGGUUUAAUGGAUCAUUUAUGUCCAUGUACCAACGGUAAAAUGCCUGAUUGGAUGAAAAGAAAUGGAAAAUUUAAUGGGACAUUUGUAGAUACAUAUAAUAGACAAUUUAAAAAGAAGGGAACCAAUGUGGAACAACCUUUCUGGAUUCCUAUAUUAGCUGGUGGCACAGCACGAAUCUGGGCUGCAACACUGGUGAGUCCAUUGGAGUUGAUAAGAACAAAAAUGCAAUCACAGAAACUAAGUUAUGCAGAAAUAACACAAACAUUAAAAAUAGUUGUGAGAUAUAGUGGCAUUUCUGGCUUGUGGAUGGGAUUAAGUUCAACUCUUCUUCGUGACGUUCCUUUUAGUGCUAUAUACUGGUUAAAUUAUGAAACUAUAAAGAGACUGUAUAGCUCACAACAAACUUUUACUUUUAAUCUGGUAGCUGGAGCUGUAGCUGGAUCUAUAGCAGCAUUUUUCACUAUUCCCUUUGAUGUAGUAAAAACACAUAGACAAAUCGAAAUGGGCGAAAAAGAAAUUUAUUCAGAUAAACCUAUUCGUAGCAGUACUACAUGGACUAUAAUACAAAGAAUCUAUUAUCAGAAUGGAUUAAAAGGUUUAUUCACUGGACUAAUACCGCGUUUAGUAAAAGUAGCCCCAGCUUGUGCAAUUAUGAUUGCGACUUUCGAACAUGGCAAACGUUUCUUUCAAUCGUAUAAUGCUAAAAAAGCUAUCGAAUUUGAAAUUGAACGUGAUGUACAUUUAUUGCAACACAAAUCUAAUAAUACAAAAUGAUAUUGAA